AUGGCUAACCAGGCUCCUAACAAAGUUCAAGAGCGCCUUACGCAGGUCGAAGGCCAUCUCACUGGUGCUGCGUCGAAGACGGGCAAGAACGCUCUAUUGGAGAAGAAGGCUGAUGAUAUCGUCAUAACCUGCGCCCUCCGCACCGCCUUCACCAAAGGCGGCAAAGGCGGCUUCAAAGACACACAUGCAUCAGACCUCCUCCACGGCGCCUACAAAGCCCUCGUAGAGCGCUCCGGCAUCGACCCCUCCCUCGUCGAAGACAUCGCCGUCGGCGCCGUCCUCGCCCCAGGCGGUGGCGCAACCGAAUUCCGCGCCGCAGCCCUCGCCGCCGGCUUCCCCACAACUACAGCCGUCAAGUCUCUAAACCGACAAUGCUCAUCGGGCCUCCAAGCCUGCGUCGACAUCGCCAACGCCAUCAAAUCCGGCAUGAUUGAAAUCGGCAUCGGCGCAGGCGCUGAGAGCAUGAGUACGCAGUAUGGUCCCGGGGCUGUGAGCGAGUUCUCGCCCCUUCUCGACGGCCACACGGAAGCUGCAAACUGCAAGGUACCAAUGGGUGUUUUGUCCGAGAAAAUGGCAAAGGAGAAGGGUAUUCCGCGCUCUGCACAAGACGCCUUCGCCGCGUCUUCGUUCCAAAAAGCCGUCGAGGCGCAGAAGAACGGCUUGUUCGAUGAGGAAAUCGCGCCCUUGACAGUCAAGUGGACAGACCCCAAAACCGAUGAAGAAAAGACCAUCACCGUCGCGGCCGACGACGGCAUCCGACAAGGCAUUACCGCGGAAUCCCUGGCCAAAAUCCGCCCUGCCUUUUCAAAAGACGGUUCCAUCCACGCAGGCAACGCCUCGCAAAUCUCCGACGGCGCCGCCGCCGUCCUCCUCAUGAAACGCUCCACGGCCCAGCGCCUCGGCCAGAAGAUUCUCGGAAAAUUCGUUCAGGCCAGCAUCGUCGGUGUGCCGCCGCUACUCAUGGGUGUCGGUCCUGCUGCUGCUAUUCCCGUGGUACUGCAGAAGACGGGCCUUGCCAAGGAGGACGUUGAUAUUUAUGAAAUCAAUGAGGCGUUUGCUAGUCAGUGCCUCUACUGCAUUAAUGAGCUGGGUCUCGAUCAGAAGAAGGUUAAUCCCAAGGGAGGUGCGAUUGCGUUUGGUCAUCCGCUGGGUGUCACGGGUGCGAGACAGGUUAGUACGCUGUUGACGGAGUUGAGGCGGACUGGGCAGAAGGUCGGGGUUACGAGUAUGUGUAUUGGUACUGGUAUGGGUAUGGCUGCUGUUUGGGUGGCUGAGUAGGAGAUGAUGAAUAUGCUGUGGUACUGGGCUGGAUUGUUCCACCUUUUUCUUCUAUGACUGCUUUGUUAUAUUACAGAUGAGAUUGUGUGUUGAACUGUGUGAUGUAGUGUAAAGGAAAAGAUUACAUCCCAA